AUGGCUUCUGAAGAGUGCUUGAAAAAUGACCAAACUGUUAAAAAAUUAAAACCGAUACCAUUACAAAAAGAUAUCUCGGAUGGUUUUACUAAAAACUUUGCUUUAUUGUCCAUUGGAGUUAAACAGUCAAUCCCUGACAUUUCUCAUCCUUGCAUCAAAACUAGCAGAAACGACAGCUGUCAUCCUGAAAGAAUAUCACCUUCGGAAUUCGUCACCUUACAAAGGUUACGUUCAAAUACACUGGCAUGCAGAACAAGCACGACAAUCAAAACCAGUCGACACAAUAGCACUCUUUUCGAUGACCUCAUAAAUAGCGAUACUGCGAAGAAAAAUAAGGGAAAAUAUGGAAAGGAUGAAAAAAAUGUUGGUGAUGUUGACGUCAUUUUAUCCGAAAAAGCUAUUACCGCAAGUCCUUCGAGGUUUGCUGCAAAGAAUGAUGGAAAACAAGCAGAACCUGUGCUGGAAAAAGCGAAAGAACCAUCAGUUGAAAAAUCUGUGGUAUUACUCGCUAGAGGACCUGUUCGUAAUUUGCGCAACACUGUUGUUGGUUAUGCUCCAUACACUUCAAGAAAUAGCUGUGUUACAGAGCCACAAAAUUUCGACGGAAAUACUGAAAACUAUAACAGAGGUCAGUAUGGCUUUGAAAAUCCCAUGUUUUCAACGGUUGGACCAGAUCCUAUACAAUUUGCAUCAACCAGUUGUUCGACUCCGGAUACAGUUCAGUCAGGUCUUCGCUGUGGUCCAUCAGACACACUGCAUCAGGUUUCACUAAGUUUAGAACAAACUAUUUCAUAUCCUGGAGAUGUAGUGGAUAAUACUCAACUUCCUGAAGACCUCUCUGAUUUUAUUUUGAAAUAUUCCCAAGAAUAUACAACAAAAGUACAGUCACCGAAAAGUAGCAUAUCAGUAAGAUCCAGGAACAACAGCAUUAGUGAUAGUAGCAAUCAGACAAAUUUCGAUAGUCCUUUGUAUCGGAUUCUUGUUGAAGACAAUUGCGUUUCACCACUUUCGGCUAAAAGUGCACCACAAUGUUCCCCUGUGUUGCCACGAACGGCCGCACAGAUCCCAGUUAUUUUCGAAGAAAAGAAUUUGGCAGCUCCUGAGUUCUUAACCAACCAGAGUAGAAGAGAAGUGACAACAUCACGUUUAGCAAAAAGUCGCUUAAGGGCUCUUAUUAGUGACAAUGAAAUGGUUGAAGCUUGGGCAUGGUCAUGUAAAUGUAUGCAGGAAUUGGAAGGUUCACUGUGCUAUCAGGAUCAAGAUGGCGAUAGUCUUUUGCAUAUUGUUAUUUUGCAUAUGGAUCUCCCGAAAAUUUAUGCUCUUGUAGAGCAGAUGUUAAAGGCUGAAGAUAUUUGUACACAGCGAGCCUUCGAUUUGCCAAAUGCGAUCUUCGAAACACCUCUCUAUUUGGCUGUACAGAAGAAUAAUUCUGAAGUUGUGGCAUACCUGUUGGAAGCCGGAGCUAAUCCAAAUCAUCAGACGGCAUCGUCAGAACAGCAGACAUCUUUGCAUUAUGCUGCGUCAAAUGGAAUGACUGAAAUUGUUGAAAUUCUGUGCGCUAGUGGGAAGGCUGAUAUUAACAUGCCAAAUGGAAUGGGACAAACUCCACUUUUAUGUGCAGUUAAGAAGCAUGGUAUACGCACGAGAAAGACUGAGCCGUGUGUUGAUAACAGUUUAACGAUCCUGUGUCUUUUGAGAUAUGGAGCUAACCCUAUGAACACAGAUUUAUGCGGCAACAAUAUUCUUCAUUAUGCAGUAAACAGUCUAGAUGCUGAUCUUAUUGAGAUGUUCAAGUCGUGUGUAGAUGAGGAAACGAUUACAAAAUUGGCAAAUAAAGAAAACAUAUGUGGUGAGACGCCGCUGGAAAGAUUGCGCUGUGAAUCAGAACGACACGAUGAAGAACUUCGCUCCAAUGUUUUCAUAAGCCUGUUAAGAUGCGGUGCCACUGUUAAAUCUCGUUGA